CAGCACCAGCUUACAUAUUAUAACGCGGUAAUUAUCGCACCAUUCACAGUUUCCCUCAUUCCCAUCGUCAGCCGGCGCAUAGUUCAGCUGAAUAAGCGGCGACAUGGGCAAGGGAAUGGGUGGAGUGCUUUCAAGGAGAAAGCGGGAGGAAGUUCCUUCCGCGGGAGCGACAUCUGCGCCGGCGGAACCUACAGCUGCAGCUGCAUCUGCGGGAGCACCUGCAGAGACUGCUACUCCGGCAGCGCCUGCGGCGUCUGAGCCGGCAGCUGCUCCGAAAGCAGCCACCGAGGCUGGUAAGACGCCCGCUUCUACCGCGGAGCCGGAGCCCGAGCCUGCCUCUUCCGGGGCCACGAUGUCUCACGACUACACGCUUAAGCCUCACCCCACCAUCCCGGCGCCCGAGGGCCCGGUGAUGAUUUGCAUUCUUGACGGCUUCGGCGAGAACGAGUACAAGGACGAGUUUAACGCGGUCCACGUUGCGAACACGCCGACCAUCGAUGCUCUGCGCCAGGUGCCGAACCGGUUCCGCACCAUUAAGGCGCACGGCACAGCGGUUGGCCUGCCCAGCGAUGCAGAUAUGGGUAACAGCGAGGUUGGCCACAACGCGUUGGGCUCAGGCCAGGUAGUCGAUCAGGGUGCGCGGCUGGUGGACAUCGCCUUGGAGACUGGCAAGAUGUUUGAGGGCAACGGCUGGAAGCUGAUCAGCGAGGCGUUUGCCACCAACACCGUUCACUUCAUCGGCCUUCUGUCAGAUGGCGGUGUCCAUUCGCGCGCGGACCAGCUCGUAGGAUGCCUGCGUGGCGCGGCCGCUCGCGGUGCGAAGCGCAUCCGUUGCCACAUCCUGACCGACGGUCGUGACGUUCCCGAUGGCUCCUCGGUCAAGUUCGUUGAGGACCUCGAGGCCGAGCUUGCCAGCCUGCGUGAGAAGGGGUGCGACGCUCGUAUCGCUUCCGGCGGUGGCCGCAUGAAGGUCACCAUGGACCGUUACGAGGCGGACUGGAGCAUGGUGAAGCGCGGCUGGGAUGCGCACGUGCUGGGCAAGGCGCCCCGCACCUUCACGGACGCCAAGACAGCGGUCGUCACGCUGCGGGGUCCCGAGGACGCCCCCGUGUCCGACCAGUACCUGGACCCCUUUGUGAUCGUGGACGAGACGGGCGCCCCCGUGGGCACCGUGCAGGACGGAGACGCGGUGGUGCUCUUCAACUUCCGCGCCGACCGCAUGGUGGAGAUCAGCAAGGCCUUCGAGUACCCCGACUUUGCGGUGUUUGACCGGGAGCGCGUGCCGCAGGGUCUGCGCUUCGUGGGUAUGAUGCAGUACGACGGCGACCUGAAGCUGCCCGCCAACUUCCUGGUGCCGCCGCCCGAGAUCCUGCACGUGAGCGGCGAGUACUUGGUGAAGAACGGCAUCAGCACCUUUGCGUGCAGCGAGACGCAGAAGUUCGGACACGUGACGUUCUUCUGGAACGGCAACCGCUCCGGCUACCUGGACGCCAAGAUGGAGCAGUAUCUGGAGAUCCCCUCCGACAAGAUCGAGUUCAACCAGGCUCCCGACAUGAAGGCGCGCGAGAUCACCGCCGCCAGCAGGGAGGCGCUGCUGUCCGGCAAGUACAAGGUGGUGCGGGUCAACUUCGCCAACCCGGACAUGGUUGGCCACACAGGCGACCUGGCCGCCACCAUCCGCGCCUGCGAGACCUGCGACGCGUGCGUGAAGGAGCUGCUGCAGGUGGUGGACAGCGUGAACGGCCGCUGGCUGGUCACCUCCGACCACGGCAACGCGGACGACAUGGUGCAACGCGACAAGAAGGGCAAGCCGCUGAUGGGAGAGGACGGCAAGCCGCUGGCGCUCACCUCGCACACGCUGGCGCCGGUGCCGAUCUUUGUGGGCGGCAAGGGGCUGCCGGAGGGGGUGGUGUUCAAGCAGGGGGAUGCGGAGGCGGGGCUGGCGAAUGUGGCAGCCACCACGUUUAACCUGCUGGGGUAUGAGGCGCCGGAGAUCUACAAGCCGACGCUGGUGGAGGUGAAGACGGCGUGAGGAGGAGGGGUAGGAGGGUAAAAGGAGGAAAAGAUAAAGGAGGAGGAGGAGGAGCGGGGGAGGAGCGUGUAGGGCUUUGUGGCGAAGGAAGAAAGGCUGGGAUGGCGGGAGGAGGAUGGAGAAGAGGGGAUGUGGAAGAAUGGCCGGGGAGUAACCAGGCAAGGACAAGAGUGCAGGAGGGCUGUGUGCUCCGAGCGCGCAUUUAAGAAGAAGGGGAAUUCGUAAAAACGGCUGCGUGCUACGAAGAACCUGGACGUGACGGCUUCCUGUCUUAUAGCAGUCUUAACUUAUUGUGACAUGUUUGGGACGUGGGUGCUUCAGGCUGUCCAUUAACGCAGUGCUCUCACCUUGGCGCAGUGUCGUCGUAUUCUUUCUGCGUAAUCCGCCGUUGCUCGGAUGUGGGGUAUCGCAGCAUUGAGCGGCACGUACCUCAUUUGGGCUGUAUGUGGAUGGAUGUGGUGCCAGUGUUGGUGCUGCUACCCAGCUACUGACAGCACUUUAGGCGCACACCCAGCGCGCAAACGCGGCUUGUCGUGCGUUGUUCUAGCAAGCGGGAUUCUGAAAACAACAGGGUUUCACAAUGGAAGAGCCAACAUGCGUGCAUAGCCUUUGGUGCUUUCCCUGUCGGGGUGGAAGUUUCACUCCAAUGUCAAGUCGGGGUUAAGUCGAGACCAACUGAUGAUAUGCACCCUGGACGAGUGGAAAUAUGCAGAUUGCGUGUACAAAUGUAACCAUAUACCGGUAC